AUGAGGUUUACCAUCUUUCUAUUUAUUGCUGCUGUUUUCGGUUCCGUGUUGGAACUGGAAGGUUCCAAUUUUAAUGAGGUUGUGCUGGAGUCGGGAAAAACCACGCUGGUCAAGUUUUAUGCCUCGUGGUGUAGCCAUUGCAAGAGACUCGAGCCGAUCUGGGAGGAAUUGGCUGAGGUUUAUUCCAAGAGACCGGACGUGCAAAUCGUGAGUAUUGACGCUGAUAAACACCGCAGUGUCGGCAAAAAGUACGGCGUCAACGCUUUCCCAACUUUGAAGCUGUUCAAGAGCAGCGAUCUGCAAAACCCCAUCGAGUACGAGGGCGCAAGAUCCGUGGAGGCAUUCACCAACUUCAUUGUGGCCCACACGGGCGUGAAACCCGCCGGAACGGCUCCAGCGCCAGUUGUCGCUUUGCAUGAUGGUAACAUCGAACAGCUGACGGAGGGAAAGGACGCGUUCAUCUCCAUCACUGCUGACUGGUGUGGCCACUGUAACAACCUCAAACCAACGUGGGAUAAACUUGCGGCCAAUUUCGCCAAGGACUCGGACAUCGUGGUUGUUGGACGUGUUCAGACAACCGAUCCGGAGGCAACAGAGUGGAUCCAGGACAAGUUCCAGGUGCAAGGGUUCCCUACUUUGGUGUACAUCAAGAACGGGAACUUGGACGAGCCCGAAUUUUAUCAAGGUCCUAGAUCUCUGAGUGCUCUGACUGAGUUCAUCAACGAAAACGCAGGAACCACCAGAUCCGAGGACGGAGGACUACACCCUGAGGCCGGACUGCUCCACUCGUUGGACACAUUGGUGGCCAAGUUUGUUGGGGCUGGCAAAAACGAGCGUGUCAAGCUGGCCAAACCUCUCACCGAGGCGAUCGACCAACUCAAGACGGAAAACAAGUACAGCAAAGAAAUUAGAUAUUACACAAAACUAGUCAAUAGUUUGGUGAAUGGGCCGUAUGACUUCAUCCCGAAGGAAAUCACAAGACUCGAAAAGCUUUUGACAGAAAACGUGAGCACCGAGGCCAAGGACUCUGCCAUGUUCAGACUCAACAUCCUACGGUUCUUCAAUAGCCACACCACCGCGGCCACUUAUAAUUAA